GUAAGUUUAACCUUCUAAGGAUAGUUAGAGAAGACCGUGCGGGGUCCCCUCACGAAUUUUCAAGUGUCUUCAGACUGUAUUUCGAAGUCUGCAAAGUCUAGGUGUUCUGUGGAAGGUUUCUUGUGAUUAACCCAUUGGAAUCACCAUAAUGAACUCUCUUGGGGAUGCCGUUGCUAAGAUUCUUGCUUUCCGAUUCGAGAUGUCUCCUCGUACACAGUAAUGAUACAUAAAUCCAGAUUCGCACUUAUGACUGAAGAAAGAGGGGUUAAUUCGAUGUAAAAUCUUUUCUACUGAAUGUUUGUGCUUGCCUAUUCCUUUCUAUAACAGGCCGAUUGUGUGCGCAGACACCUGGGAAUUGGUUCGAAGAGUAAAUGCCUCCUACAGUUCCUCUUUUACUUCCAAACUCUUCUGUUAUGUCCUCUGAAAUGUUUUGAUCUUGUGCAGAAGAAAAAGAAUAAAUGGAGCAGAUCUAUAGUCAUUUCCUUAGACUUUCUUAAAAUAUACUUGGAUCUCAUCUUUGCCUAUGGCAUGGCAAGGUGUUCGUUGUAUGACAAAACAGUCAUACCAGGAACAAUGUGUGGCAUUUCUUUGAUCUCUUUUCAGUUUGUAUUUGUGUCGUUAUUGGCGAGAUCUGGCCACUUGGAGGCGGUUUUGUUUAGACCUCACCAGCAAUAUAAAUAUUUGUGAAUAUUGUGGGUGGUUGUAAAGCGGCAAGGUAAAAGUGAGGCAGUGUGACUUAAUUUCAAGUCAUCAAAAAAGGAAUUGUCUUUCAACAUUUAAAAAAAGUGCUUAUUUUGUGGCUUUGAUUUUCGGGACGGUAUAAAUAUUUGUAGACUUAAUAACAAAGCUCAGAAUUGUUCACAUUGUAGAGAGGUAUUCAUUCUUUAACGUCUUAGAAAAUUCUGAACGUUUCGAUGGACCUUUGUCCAGUUAUUUGGUCUCACUUACUCAUAUUUGUAUACCGUAAUCUCAUGUGUGUUCCAAUUUAAGGUGUGGCAUACAUUGACUGCUGCAAUGUUAUACAAAGUCCUGUAUUGAUUUAUCCAUCUGUUUCCCCCAGAUGCUAACCUAUCUUACCAUGUACACUUAAUUUGUAUUUAUUUGUUGUAUUUUAGAUCUUCCUGAAAUAGAAGAUGAACAGUCGUAUGGGUUAUUAUGGACCAUCUUCAUCAUACUCUGAUCCAUGGGGUUCGGCUCAAAUGAACAAUUCAACACAGCCACCAUCAUCAUCAUUUGGUUUCAACAACCAAGGAAAUCCUCCAUUUCCUCAAACGCUUCCUGCAAGACAGAAUCCAAUGUUUUCACAAGUCUCAAACCAGAGACAUACUGCACAACCAUUACAAACAUCGUCUUCACCUUCUUAUCUCGUCCCUAGAGGACAUCAAGGUUCAAAUCAGCAGGAUCUGAGUAUGAGACCACCAUUUAAACAGAUGAAUAGUCGACCGCCUGUUCUACAUUCGGCGUCUCCAGCUCAUGGAGGUUCAUCGCAGCAACAACAUCCACCACCACCGCCUCAUAGCGGUCGAUCAAUGUCAAUGUCACGAUUUGAACUUAGUAAUACACAUCCUAAUUAUAACGAGGGAAACUUCUGUGACGAUAUGAUGGAACAGAGAAAUCCAGAUCAUGCUCGUCGUUUUGACGAAAUUUUGUUCAUAUUGCAUAAUCUACCUGAAAAGACUUGCUUGCUUCCCCAUGGCCCAAGUCAGUCACGAUCAUCACUAGCAAGAAGACCAAGUCAGAUGGACGAGUCUUUAGAAAGACUACCACUUCCAGCUGCUGCGCAGCAUCAUCACUCUGAGGAAAAGCAAAGAUUUCAGUUCCCCACUCAUGAAGUCAAGCCAUUAAUGCCGUCAAGAUCAAGUUUACACGAUGCAGGUGAUCUAGAAAUGGACAGUUUUAAUCCAAGUGAACCACAAAGUGUUGCAAUUCAUCGUCCUUUACGUCGUUCUGAAGGGAUACCGAAGUUUCAGUUUCCAACUCAUGAUGUUAGACCGCAAAUGCCACCGAGGCGUAUGGAGUCAGAUGUUUUGGAUAUGGACGAUUAUUGUUUACGAGAACCACAAUCUUCGUUUAGACAACCUGUUCACAUCGAUGAACCUUUAAGACCUUCUGUUCCUCGUCGAGUUGAAGGGAAACAAGGAUUUCAGUUUCCAAGUUAUGAUAUGAGAUCAGCAGCACUACCAUCACCAGCAGGCCGUUUGAGACGAAGUGAUCAAUACGACAAUAGUGAUAUGGAUAUGAUGAAUGGAUUUGGAGUUGAACAUCCAGGACCAUCAAUUCGCGAUGUUGCUCCUACAGACUAUAGCGUUUAUCAUCAGCGUCAUGAAGAGAGGUCAAGAUAUGAAGGUUAUGAGGGUGAAACAUUUUUGACGCCAAGACCGGUUAGAGAGAGUGGAAUGAUGCAGAUGGAUGAUCAGGGUUUUUACCGUCCCCUGCCUGCUGCAUCAUCAAUACGCCAAUCGAAAGUUGAGCGUAGAUCUUCUCUACAUGAAGAAAGUGUGCAGAUGGGGAUGGUGCCUCCACCAAUGACACUACCAACAGCAUUACCACGACGUGCUCGUGAUAAAUUACCGUUCGAAGAAUCGUCAGCACCAUUGUAUUCUGAUCGAAAGGAGAGAAGAACACUGCCAUUGUAUUUCUUGAUAAAACAAGAACGUGAAAAGAAAGCUGAACGGAGAGCAGCACGGCAAGCGACUCGAAGAGAACGAUUACGUAGAAAUAAAAAUAGAAGAAGAAUGCGACCAAGUCUUUACUGUUUUAUUUGUGAAAGAAAAUUUGAUAAUAAAGAAGCUCUAAAUGAACAUUAUUCACUUGAUUCGCACAAAAAGAAUUUGAUGUUAUUCAAAGAAACUGUGGGAAAUAUUAAAAAAAGCGAAGGAGAUAAUGAUGUAGAAUACGAUGAUGAAUAUGUCUCUGUAAAAAAGAGGGUUGAUGGAAAAAACAUGAAAAUCUAUUGUGGCCUAUGCAAGGAGACAUUCCGUAAGAAAUCGUUGUAUGCAGAACAUUUGGUGUUUAGACGGCAUAAACUGAAGGCUCGACUUAAUCAGUUGUAUAAAGAUGCAAAGGGCGAUCGUAAUCAAUUAUCGCCUGACGAUCCAUUAGGUUCAUUCUUUCACUACAUCAAUUCUGAUACGCAAACAACCCUGCUCGGUGAGAAAGAGGAGAGAAAUAUGAGCCUUGUGAAAUCCAAAGAGAAUUUAUUCUGUCUUAAAUUUUUAGACCUAAGACAUUUGUUAUCCGAAGAACCGGGUCCUGUAGGAGAAGAAUACUUAGAAGAGUUGGAUGUGUUAACAACGCCAAGAGAUAAACGACCUUAUCGUUGUUCCCUAUGCAAUGAAAAUAUAACUGGUGUCGAUAAUUCGGAGAAGCAUUUGUAUAGUGUUAGUCAUCAAGAAGUAUUCAAGAAAAAUGUGAAUCCAGAUUGGGAGCUUCAAAUACCACCGGAGUCAUCAUCAUAUUUUGAUGUGUUAAUGGAUCUUUGGAGAGUUUGUAAAGAUAAGUAUAAAAAGGAACUGAGAAGAGUAGAAAAAUGCAGGGAAAUUGCUUCAUGUAUAUGUGGUUGUAAAAUUCGAAGUUUUGAUGAUUAUAAAAGACAUUUCCGUAAAGCAUUUGUACAAGUUGCCUUACCACCAGUCGAUUCAGAAGCUUAUGCUGAAGCGGAAGAGAAACGGAUAAUAUUGAAUCUUAGAAUUACUUACCGUGAAUGUAUGAAUUUGAUUAAAUUAUUCACUCUGCCGGGAGAUGUCAUUAUAGCGAAAAGAACAAGUGCAAUGGAAUUGGUUGGAGAUACAACUGACGAAACUCCCAAUGAUACUGCGACCACCGAGACUAGUACCGCCGCUUCUUCUGCUGCCGCUGACGCUGUUGGUGGUACUACUUCUAAUACUACGACUACUACACCUCCUUCUGUGAAGAUGGAUGAGUCAGUUAAGAAGGAGGAGGAGCAGGCAGCAGCAGCGACGGAGGAGGCAGUCAGCGCGAUGAAACAGGAGACAUCGAAUUAG